AUGCCGUGGAGCUGAGCUGUGCCAUGGGGACGCCAUGGGGCUGAGCUGUGCUGUAGGGAUGCCGUGGGGCUGAGCUUUGCCAUGGGGUUGAGCUGUGCCAUGGGGCUGAGCUGUGCCACGGGGAUGCCGUGGGGAUGAGCUGUGCCAUGGGGCUGAGCUGUGCCAUAGGGAUGCCAUGGGGCUGAGCUGUGCCGUAGGGGUGCCGUGGGGCUGUGCUGUGCCAUGGGAAUGCCGUGGUGCUCAGCUGUGCCACAGGGCUGAGCUGUGCCACGGGGCUGGGCUGUGCCAUGGGGUGCCGUGGGGACACCAUGGUGCCACCGCGUCCCUCUGUGCCACAGCUGCACCCGGCAGAGCCGCUCAACCGCAGCCGGCGCCCGGAGCUGAGCGGUGAUGCCGGUGUGGGGCGUGGUGACGCCGCGGCACAGCUGUGUGCUGGCAGUGCUGUGCCGUGUGGUGACCGUGGCAAAGAGGCAGCAGCGCUGCUGGCAGCACUGAGUGAUGGUGGAUCCACGGUGCCACGCCGCGGCACCGGCACUGCCGGGGAGGAGGAGGAGGAGGAGGAGGAAGCAGAGCUGGCGUUGGCACUGCAGUGCUCCAUGGAGGAGAAGAAAAAGGAGGAAGAAGAGGAGGAAGCACAGCUGGCAUUGGCGCUGCAGCGAUCCAUGAAGGAGAAAAAGAAGGAGGAAGAAGACGAGGAGGAAGCACAGCUGGCAAUGGCGCUGCAGUGCUCGAUGGAGGAGGAGGAGGAGGAGGAAGAGGAAGCACAGCUGGCGCUGGCGCUGCAGCGAUCCAUGAAGGAGAAGGAGGAGGAAGAGGAGGAGGAAGCACAGCUGGCACUGGCGCUACAGCGAUCCAUGAAGGAGGAAGAGGAGGAGGAAGAAGAGGAGGAGGAAGUACAGCUGGCCAUAGCACUGCAGUGCUCCAUGGAGGAGAAGAAAGAGGAGGAGGAGGAGGAGGAAGCACAGCUGGCAAUGGCACUGCAGCGAUCCAUGAAGGAGGAAGAGGAGGAGGAAGCACAGCUGGCAUUGGCGCUGCAGCGAUCCAUGAAGGAGGAAGAGGAGGAGGAAGCACAGCUGGCAAUGGCACUGAGGCGGUCCAUGAAGGAGGAAGAGGAGGAGGAGGAGGAAGAGGAAGAGGAGGAGGAAGAAGAGGAGGAAGCGCAGCUGGCGCUGGCACUGCAGCGAUCCAUGCAGGAGAAAAAGGAGGAAGAGGAGGAGGAAGCACAGCUGGCACUGGCGCUGCAGUGCUCGAUGGAGGAGGAGGAGGAGGAGGAAGCCCAGCUGGCAAUAGCACUGCAGCGAUCCAUGCAGGAGAAAAAGGAGGAAGAGGAGGAGGAAGCCCAGCUGGCACUGGCGCUGUGCUGCUCUAUGGAGAAGGAGGAAGAGGAGGAGGAGGAGGAGGAUGAAGCACAGCUGGCGGCGCAGAGCCGCCCCCCGCCGGACGUGGCGGAGCUGCAGAUUUUCGCGGCGUCGCGGCGCGAUGCUGCAGUGGUGGCGGUGGAGCUGCGGCGGGCGCUGGCAGCGGAGCUGAAGGCGGUGAGGCUGCGGGACGCGGCGCUGCCGGCGCUGCCGGAUGGAAGCCUGGCGAUGCUGCGGCGCCGGCACGCGGUGCAGCUGCGGAUCCGGGGAUGCAGCGCCACGCUGAGAGGAUUUGCGGAGUUCGUCGGCGACGCCGAGCGGGAGCUGAGGGAGAUGCUGGGCGACGGGAAACGGGACGGAGAUGGGGGGACUGCGCAGCCGUGGCGGCGCGCAGCGCGGUGUUGGCGCUGGGUGCGCUGGUCGCCCUGCGGCACGGCGGCGCCGUUGUGCGCGGAGGACGGCGCGGCGCUGGAGGCGCUGUGGCAGCGCGGGGAGCGCCGGGCGCCGGCGGUGCUGGGCGGCCGCCGCGUCACCGUGGACCUGCGGCGCAUGGAGGAGCGCGACGGCGCCGGCACGGUGGCGGUGCUGAGCCGCUGCGCGGUGCCGCCCGGCGCGCCGCCGCUGCUCGGUGCGGAUGCGGCUCAGCUGGGACCGGCCGCUGUGCCACGUCCCGCUGCUGGGACAUCGCAUCCGUCCCGUCCCGGUCGAAGGUCUCCAUUUGGGUCUGGGGUCACUGAUGGGGGCGAUGCUCCUGAAUUGGGUCUGGGGUCCCGAAUUGGGUCUGGGGUCCCCAGCUGGGUCUGA